GUGCAGCCAUGCAAGAAAGCAUACGUUUUGCUUCAUCAGGAGAUGAUGUUAAAAUCUGGGAUUCCUCAUCUCUAACUGUGGUGGAUCAGUUCAACCCGCACACGCCCCAACAUCCAGUCAGCUCACUAUGUUGGGCCAGCAAUAACAGGUACCUGGCCACUGCUUCUGCUGCUGGUGAUAAAAUAGUUGUUUCAAGCUGUAAAAGCAAACCUGUUCCGCUCUUCGAAAUAGCUGAAGGGACAAAACAAACAUGCGUGAGCUUGAAUUCUAGUUCUUCGCAUGUUGUGAGUGGAGGCCUCGAUAACAGUGUUAAUAUCUGGGAUCUGAAAUCUAGAAAGCUUUACCGGAGCCUCAAGGAUCAUAAAGAUGAAGUCACGUGUGUUGCAUAUAAUUGGAAUGGUUGCUACGUCGCUUCUGGAUCUUUGAGUGGUGAAAUUAUCCUACACAGUGUUACCACCAAUUUGUCAAGUACCCCCUUUGGUCACGGCAGCCGUCAG